UUAAUCAUGGCAAGGGAGCAAUGGCCACUAGAUCCAUGCCCAUCUGGAUAUAUAAGCACCCGUUCUAGAGGUGCUAGAGAUGGGGCAUGGAGGUAUGCCUAUGAGGAACCCGAUCCUGGGUCAGUUAUAUACAUAAAGUGUGAGAAAAUACUUCAUGGAGGCAUCAACCGCCUCAAAUACCACCUUGCAGGAAUAGAUAGGCAUGAUGCUAGAGCAUGCCCUGAGACCAUUGAAGAAAUAAAAAGACAAAUGAAUGCCCUACUUGCAGCUGGGUUAGAGAAGAAAUUGGAAAGGGAGAGGGCAAAGCUAGCCAUGAGAUCAACCAUAGCUAAAUCUCAAAGUGUUUUUGUUGACCUUGAAGAGGAACAAGAAGCACUUGAGGGCAUAGUGGGCUCUCGGCGUGGCCCACGUAUCCGCAAACCCACCAUCACCUUGCCCAUUACUUUUGCUUCCUCUAGUAGAGUACCUGGCACUAUUCCACUUCCAUCACCACGAUCAGGGUUCAUAGGUGAUUAUUUUGUGCCCAGAAACACACCUAGAGCACAACCAUCAUUAGAGGCCACUGGAUGGAAUAAUGAGGUACAUGAGAAAACUGACAUUGCAAUAGCUGAUUUUUGGUACUUCAACAACAUUGCAUUCAAUGUGGCGGAGAAUGCUUAUUGGCUAAAUUUGGUGACUGCUAUGACAGUUUCAGGAAAGGGGUACAAGGCUCCUUCUCGCAGGGAUUUGAGUGGGAGGUUACUCACAAAUGCAGUUACUAGGGCAAGAGAAGUGAUGGAGGAUCAAAAAAUUGAAUGGGCAAAUUAUGGCUGCACCAUUCUUUCUUCUUGUAGGAAAGUUGAAGAAGAGAAGCCAUAAACUUCAGAAAAAUCUCAAAUCCUCACCCAAAAUUUUAUGUUAACAAUUUGUGUAAUAUACAGAAUGCCUUUGUACCAUAAUUUUUUCUGUGCAAUU